GGUGAUCGUUUUCGCACGUGAUUUUCACAUGACUGCCCCUUGAGACAAAAUGGCGGACAGAAAGGCAGAGAUAGAGAGAAGAAAGAAACGCCUUGAGGAGCUGAGGCUAGCUAGGGAUAGCAAAAAGAAAGAAGUAAAAGACAAAGAAGCUUUAAACAAAGACCUAGUCUCCACGAGUGGCAGUCUUUCUGGAGUAUCCAGUGAAAGAGAAACAGUUGAUGAGCUUGUAGCAGAAAUACUUGGACCAUCAGUCAAAGCACCAGCAGCAGCAGCACCUACUGGAUCAGGUAAGUCAGAUGUUUCUGGCCCUGGUAAGGAUGCUGAUGUUAAAAGGGUAGACGUUCCUGUAACAGCAGUUAAACAAUCAAAUAAAAGAUCUGUUCAUUUAUCGAUUGAUCAAUUACUACCUAUUAAUAUUAAGCCAAAGACUAUAGAGGUAUAUGAGAAGCACACACAAACGGUGCUAGAUGAAAGCAACGCACUCUCUCCGACUAACAACGAGUCGUUUGAUAUCGACACCUCCGUCUCUGUGACUCCCAUUAAGGACCUUGAUAAGGGUAAAGAGGAGAGAGGAGCUGAAGCAAUGGAGGAGACAGGAAGCCUCCCUCUACCCCAGGGAAAGAUUAAUGAUGAAAGUAGACAAUUGAUAUUACAAUCUGAGGAAUUUGCGGCAUUUAUUGAGCGAUCAUCACUCGUGAUGGAGAGGCUUCUAGCCGAAACAUCAGAUGUACUGUUUGAUAUAUCAGCUGGGAAUGAGGCAAAAGGAACAGGUGAUGGCUUGUCCAUUAAUGUGUCAAAGAAGAGACAGUUUUUUGACGAGAGAUGGACGAAAGGAAAGAUUGUAUCUUCGAUAGCCUGGUCGCCACAUCACAGUGGUAUGGUAUUAGCAUCGUAUUACCAAGUUGAUAGUAAUGUCAGCUCUGAUCCUGAUGGAACCGUCCUCAUGUGGGACCUUAAGUUUAAAAAGGACACUCCAGACUUCAUAUUCAAUUGCUAUAGUCCAGUCAUGUCAGUCACAUUUAGUAAAUUUCAUCCUCAUUACGUGAUUGGUGGUACAUACAGUGGUCAGAUAGUCCUCUGGGAUAUACGGAGUGGCAAAAGGACUCCGGUCCAGCGCUCACUGCUGUCCAGUUCAGCUCACACUCACCCAAUUUACUGCCUGGAACUGAUUGGAAGUGAACAUGCUCACAGUUUGAUAUCUGUCUCAACUGAUGGCAAGCUAUGCUCAUGGAAUAUUGAUAAUUUAUCACAACCACAAGAGAGUAUUGAUUUGCAGAGUAGACACCCGAGGCCGGUUGCUGUCACGUCUCUUGAUUUUCCUGUCGGUGAAGUUAAUAAGUUUAUUGUUGGAAGUGAAGAGGGUGUUGUAUAUCAGGGACAGCGUCAUGGAAAGAAGCCUGGAGUUGUGGUCCAGUAUGAAGGUCACUAUGGCAACAUAUCCUCAGUCUCCUGUCACAAAGCUACUAAUAUUGAUCAAGCUGAUUUUUCACAUUUAUUUUUAAGCUCAUCAGUUGAUUGGACUGUUAAACUUUGGAGCUUGAAAUUAUCCAAUGAACAACAAGUUACUUCUAAGACUGCUACUCCAUUGUGUUCGUUUGAGACAAACUCUGAUUAUGUGAAUGAUGUGAAGUGGUCCCCCAUCCAUCCUGCUCUCUUUGUAUCAGUCAAUGUUGAGGGAAAAAUUGAUUUCUGGAAUCUCAAUCAUGACGUUGAAGUGCCUAUAUUAACCGAAGGCCUUGAUAUUGCCCUUAGUAAAGUUAGUUGGAGUCCCAAUGGUUUGUUACUAGCUGUAGGAGAUGUUGAUGGUAAUAUACAUAUAUAUGAAGCUGGUGAAGCAUUAUGUGUACCACAAUCUGACGAUUGGACAAAUCUACAGCAAACAUUAUAUGAAUUACAGCAAACAUCGUCUGACGAAAAUAAUAUAUAAUAAAAAUCUUUUGUUGAUUUUAAUACAGUGUUUGUUGCACAAUGAACAAUAUUAUCAUAAUGAUGCUUUUAGAUAUUAUGGUUAGUUAAUUAUUAUUAUCAUUAAUUUAAACUAUGUA